GUAAGGAGGAAUGGCGACGGUCGAGACGGUUUAGGAGGCCAGAGUGAAGCAGAAUUUGACCAAACAGAGGCGGAUUAGAGGUAGUUCGAGCAUUUGUUUUAAAAAUAUUCAUAGAGAAAUAGGCUAGAUGGACUGUAUGGUUACAAAAGGCUCUGUGUAGCAAUUAUGCACAUGCUUGUUACAUUUGAAGCACUUGGAAACAUUUGAACUGAUGUGAGAUCAUUGAGGCAGUGCUAUUUUAUUACGUUUAGUAUUAAAGAUGGCAUGCAGUGGUUGUAUGGGUUUUUUACCCCCCCACUAACUCUCAGAGCCCCAGAAAAAACGCAGCUGGACAAUGAAUUAUGUAUCGCCAUUGAAUGAUUUGUUGAUGGUACUAAGUUUUUAAAAGGAACAGUUAAGAUUAAAACUUUUCUCUGUCAUGCUUGAUGACAUCACAAGAGGUACUCGAAUGGAAUCAACUUGAAUUGGUGAAUACUAUGGCAGAGGAGAUUUUUGCUACAUUUUUAUAUAGAUUCAAAAGCUCUUGAGAUGCAAGAAGUUAAACUUUUUAUGCUCCACCUUGACACCAAACUAUGAUAAAAGGCUUGGUUACCGGAAGUCUUCAUUCUAAACCCUUGAAAUGGACAGUGAAGUUAUCGUGACCCCCUCAUCGGCCUCCCCUCAGACUCCCGCCACCCGGUCCAGCUUAGCUGCAAAGCAGCGAGAAAGCAGGAGGUCCACGGCCACAACUCCCGCCUUUCUCUCCAACCUGGGUAGGGCCACCCUGCGGGGCAUCCGCAAGUGCCCUCAAUGCGGGGUCUACAACGGCACCCGUGGGCUCAGCUGCAAGAACAAAGCCUGCGGCGUGACCCUCAGAGACGCCUCGGCGGGCUGUAAAAGCAGCAAGAAAGGCGCGGUGGAGGUGGUGAGGGUGAUAACCGACAGCGAGGAGGAGAGUUUCGGGAAGGAGCAGGAAGCAGGAGGCGGAGGCGCCCAGGUGUUUUCGGUGUGCCACAGAGGAAGAGGAACCACGCAGUGGGGCUUCGUGGAGCUGGUUCCCACGGACACGGCCAUAGCGACAGGGGAUGGAGCCACCCUGCUCACGCGCAUCAACCUGGGCCGCUGCUUCCUGCCCUCGUGCAGGCAGGGCGAGAGGUCAAGCAAGCGCGAGCCAAACUCGGCGACGACGGAGCCGUCCUCCGACAGCCUCUGCGUCCACAUCAAGCAGGCCAUAGACUGCCGGAGCCGCGCCACGCCGCUCACCUUCAAGAGCUCCGUCCUGGAGGCCUUACAGGCUUCCGUCCAGGCCAGGGAGGAGCUCUGGCGGCUGGCCACGGAGUCCCCGGGGCCUCUGGUGCAGCGGGUUUCUAAAGACACCCUGGUGGUGAAGUGCCACACGGACUCGCAGCAUCCGCUGGGCCUGCUGCACCUGACCGUGGCCCAGGUGGAAACGCAGAAGAACAACAGGAGCGCGUUUCACUGCAGCUGCCAGCUCAGCGCGGGAAGGAUGAAACAUGGCGCGGACGGAGCUGGCUCUCUCCCGGCCGCCUCCCAGCCCUGCCUUCACUUCUACGCCUGCGUGUGCGCCUUCUCGAGCAACGAGAAGCUGGCCGCAGAGUUUGCGGCUUUCGUCAACCAUUCUUCAGUCGUGCAGCAGAACGCUGCCGGUGAUAAACCCGCGCCGCAGGCCCAACCCAACAGCUCCCCCCACAAAGUGAAGAAGCAGCGUCUGGACGAGCCUGCCUCCGCGGCGGGGAAAGAAGGCGCCCCGGCCUCCGCUCUGAGGAAAGCCGGUCAGAGGAAAACUGCUGGUGGCCUGAAGGCUGCAGGUGCUGCCUGGCUCACCUCUGAGCCUUUCUUCUUUUCCCCUUUCUUUUGCUGCCUGUCUUCGUCUUACUCUUUGCCGUUCAUCUCUUUAAUUCUCUCCGCUCGUCCGGAGAGACUGUGUUGCACAUGUGACGGUCGACCGGAAGCUGAUGAAACGUUUCCAGUGAACUGUGUGGGGUUCUCCUCAGGCAGCGCUCAGGUUGUGGACGAGCUCACAGUGACGAUGGGCUUCCAGCAGUGGCUAGCCAGCGUGACCGAGAGGAUCCAUCAGACGAUGCAUUACCAGUUUGACGGGAAACCCCAGCCGUUGGUCUACCACAUCCCCCAGGAGUUCUUCAACGCCCUCCAGCAGCGUCUGUCGCUGGGAUCUAAGAAGAGAAGACUGCCCAACCUCACAACAGCGUUUGUGAGGAACGACGGACUUCCUCUGGGCUCUUUCUCCAAGUACACCUGGCACUUCACCAAUCUGCUGCACGUCAAACACAUUUUCGACACUCCGGAGCUGCCACUGGAGGUCACUCAGAGUUUUGUAAGGAAUCUGGACGGCUCCUACUCUCGCUUUCACCUCCCUGAGCUGCCGCCUGAGCCAGAAUCAUUACACGGAUACAGGACGGAGCGUCCGCCGACCAUACGACCAAUGGAGCACCGCACUUUCCUCAAAGUCGGGCCGAGUUCUGGGGACCAGGAGUCCAGCCCCUUCGUGAUCGAGUGGAUCCCCGACGUUCUGCCUCGCUGUCAGAUGGGAGAGCUCAGGAUCAGCUUUGAAUUCGGCCACCAGCAGAGCGGCCAGUCGGAGUGCCAGGAGAAAGCGGGCGGGGCGGAGAAAAAAGCUCGCAGAAAGUCGGACGGCUCUCAGCCCAAAGUCCCGAAGAGUGUCGACGUUCUUCAGGUGGUUGUAUAACGGCCGCCAUCUUCCUUCCACUGUAACCGUAGCAAUCGCAUGCCGAGAACUGGAACGUGCGACCUCCACAUAAAUCCGUUUCCUAGUAUUGAUAUAUGCAAAGUAUGGAGAAUAAACUGCCAAGCAGGUUA